AAAUAACGCUGGUCUUUGUGUUGUUUACAGGGCAGUGACGGAUCCUCGGGACGGACGGGCGGGUGGCGCUGAAGAAGAUGCCCAAUGUGUUUCAGACCCUGGUGUCCAGCAAGAGGGUGUUCCGUGAGCUGAGGAUGCUGUGUUUCUUCAAGCACGAGAAUGUGUUGUCAGCGUUGGAUAUCCUACAGCCGCCCCAUCUUGACUUCUUCCAGGAGAUUUACGUCAUUACGGAGCUGAUGCAGAGUGACCUCCACAAGAUCAUCGUGUCGCCACAGCACCUUUCCGCAGACCACGUCAAGGUGUUCCUCUACCAGAUCCUCAGAGGCCUCAAGUACCUACACUCCGCUCGGAUCAUCCACAGAGAUAUCAAGCCGGGCAACCUACUCGUCAACUCCAACUGCGUGCUGAAGAUCUGUGACUUCGGACUGGCGCGGGUGGAGGAGCCUGACGAGAGCAAGCAUAUGACACAGGAGGUGGUGACGCAGUACUACCGUGCCCCAGAGCUCCUGAUGGGGGCCCGCCACUACACGCAGGCCGUCGACGUGUGGUCCGUGGGUUGCAUCUUCGGGGAGCUGCUCGGACGCCGUAUUCUCUUCCAGGCGCAGAGUCCCGUCCAGCAGCUGGAGAGAAUAACAGACCUACUGGGGACCCCAAACCUGGAGGACAUGAAGUAUGCCUGCGAGGGAGCUGUGACCCACAUGCUGCGCCGCCCCUCCAAGCCCCCCGCCUUGCCUGCCCUCUACACCCUCUCCAACCACGCCACCCACGAGGCCGUCCACUUACUCACUCAGAUGCUCGCCUUUGACCCUGACAAGCGGUUGACGGUGACGGAGGCGUUGGCUCACCCUUACCUGGAUGAAGGCCGUCUCAGGUACCACUCCUGCAUGUGCAACUGCUGCGCCUCCACCUCCUGUGGCAGCCGCCAGUACACCCUGGACUUUGAGCCCACUGCGCCGCACGCCUUUGAUGACACCUGGGAGAAUGAGCUUCGGUCCAUGUCCCAGGUGAAGGACCGCCUGCACAGGUUCAUCAUGAGCCACCUGGCGCGGGACCGGGUUCCUCUCUGCAUCAAUCCAAUGUCUGCUGCGUACAAGAGCUUUGCUAGCUCCACGGUGGCCCACCCUUCGGAACUUCCGCCGUCCCCACACCAGUGGGAUUGACAGGACGCCAAGCACUAGGCUUCAAGGACUUGAUGAGUACAGUGUACAGGAAGGCACCUGGUGGAAGCUAACAAGAAGCAAGAAUGUGAAUGUGAGUGGAUAGAGACAAUGACUUGCUACUAUAAUGAUAUUGUAGAGAGAGAGAGAGAGAGAGAGAGAGAGAGAGAGAGAGAGAGAGAGAGAGAGAGAGAGAGAGAGAGAGAGAGAGAGAGAGAGAGAGAGAGAGAUCCCAUGUGAGUGACUAACUUAAGAUAACAGUCAUUUGUAGUGUUGUAAACUUUAUCUUUGGCAUGCAGCUUGGCUGUUGGUGAGGUGAGUGAUACUUUUAUUCAGCUGAAUCAUUCAGAACUCUUGCAUUUUCCAUGCCUUGGAAUAUGCUACAAGAGAACUUUGUAAGUCAGCAUGAACUCAGAAGUGAUUAAGAGUAGAUAUGAAUCUUGAAGGCUUUCACUGGGGAGGCCAAACAUGUGCAUGGACAGCAGCUGGAGGAUGUGAUGAAUAGCGAGGCUCCUGUGCCAGUUCCUUAGUCAAGAAAAAAAUCACUGCCAAGUACACUGAGGAUGAAAUGGCCAAUCCUAAUGGAGGUUGUGUCAGUUUCGAUCCUCUAAAUCAUGUUUUCAGGUAUAAGGAUCAAAGGUUUGUCUUCUGAUAACAACAGGAGAUAACUGAGGCUUGCAAGGUGAGGAUGGGGAACUCCAUCCUUGCAUCAGCCUUGUUAGAUGAGGCUGGGGAGCUCCACCCUCUUGACAACCUUGCUCAACCAAUAAUGAUCUCCAGCCCAGCAUCUCACUGCAAGGCCAACGACACUACAAGGUUGCUCAAGCCAGCAUCAUGAGCACUGCCACUCCUCCUGCCAGUCCACUGCCUCCUCUCACAGCCUCUGUUGUCUCUCAGGAAGAUUUCUGCAGUUGAAGGAAAACAUUAUUGAUAAGAAGUGUGACUAACUUUUGCUUAGAAGACAACAUUAGGUUUGUGAUGAUGGUGGUGGUGGUAAUGGUGGUAACAACUGGUGGCAGUGUGUUUCAGAUCUUAACUCACACCAGACUCUCCACCAGUGGAAGAGAAGGAAGAGAGAUAAGAAGAGAGUCCUUUGGCAGUCUUUAGUUGCCCAGAACAUUUUUAGUUACAUUAAUCUACCUUCAAGAGAUUUACAUUUCCAAGUAAUGCUUGUUUGUCCCACAAAGUGAUACUUGAUGCUGUCUGCAGCAAUAUAAUGUGAUAUGUUUCCUCUUUCAUCGUCAUAUCUCAUUUCACACCAUAACAAGUGAUCAGUACUUCAGAAGUCACAUUUAAACUUUCAGCCCAAAAAACUCAGGAAUGGCAACAUGCACAAGUGCUUUUGUUUCCUUUUGCCAGGAUCACAUGCCUGUGGCUGUGGUCCCUUAGGGCUGUCUCUCUAUAUAUCGCAAGUCCACUUUCUUCCUACUAUGAAUGGAUGUCAUUAAAGACAGUUGUAUUAAUUUCAAUUCAAACAUAGCAGGAAUUUAAGCCUGAAUUUUUGUUCUUUCGUUUCUUUUUUUUUUAUGCAUAUAGGUUCAAGAGAUCAUUUUGUGUGUGCAAUGAGGUGUCAGUUUGCAAUAAUCUUAAAAUGCCAUUUGAUUUUAAUUUAAAGUUAUGUUGUAGCUCAGUGAAUGAGCUUUGAUGGCAGCCACAACCAGGAACUUGUGAGUCUGUGAUAAUUCUCCCCACCUGAGAGGAGUGUGUUCCCCUAAUGCAGUGCUCAGCCCGUGUUCAGGAGCCCUCAUUGAGAGGCUUAGGCAGGAUAAUUAGGUUGAAAGGUGCUUUCUAUUUCAGAAGUGGUCUCAGAAAGUUAUGGAAAUCUUACCUCAUGACACUUUUCUUAUUUAAGAGUAUGAUUUAAAGAAAUUGGGUAUGAAUUUUGGCAUGAAAACCAAAAAUUGUGGUAAUUACUUAUGUUUUGAUGAUGCAGAUGUGUAGACACCUGAUGGAAUGUUCAGGUGUGGUGUGGGGUGAGCAGCAAUAGGCUUUUAAUCAUAAUCAUUUUUAUUAUUAAGGAUGAUGGCCUCAGUGCAGUGUAGAGAGGACCAACAGAGAUCAGAACCUCAAGCAGAAACGUGAUUUAUCCCGAGCAGCAUUUACUGCCCUGGCAAGAAUUGUUUGUCGUAGUUCCUCAUUUUGAUAUGGAAGCUGUUACGUACAGUGGCUGUACUUCCUUUUAUUUGUUUGUCAACUCCUAGUAGUUAUUUUGAAAUUUUGUUUUGAUGAUUUUCAGGCUGAUUCUGAUGAUAGGUUUGCCCACAGUAUACACAGACUACCUCAGAUGAUUUUCAUAGUCUCCACUAGUACUAUUGUCUACCAUGUUUGUUUUGUGUUGUAAGUGUUGAGCCCUCACAUGGAAGGAGCACAAGAGUGUUGAUGUCUUGUCACAGCCACAGCAGAGCAGUGUGUCUUGUUGUGGCUGCUAGGACACAGCCCUGCUGGCUGCUGUGGGACAUGAACUGCAUCCUGUUGUAGGAUGCUCAUUGUCUUGCCAUCAGUGUUGCAGGACAUUUACAGCAUUCUGCUGUGGCUGUUGCAGGAUAGAUAAACACACACACACACACACACACACACACACACACACACACACACACACACACACACACACACACACACACACACACACACACACACAGCCUUCUACAGGACACACACACACUCAAUGAAACCUUCAGGACGGUGCUCAGCUCAGGGCUGACAGAGGAGGAAGAGAAGGAGCCAAGUAUCUGCUCAAAGACCUUUAAAGAAACUCGCAGUGGUUUCCAGCAACAUGAGAAAAGGCUUUUAUUUGUAUGCUUCUCUUUAUUGUAUGCAAAUGUAGAAAGACAGUCAGGAUGACUACAGUCUGUUGCUAUGAAUUUUCUCAUCACUUAAUAGCUAAUUUGACUGAUAUUUUUUUCUGUUGUAGCUGCAUUUAUCCUGAGAUCAACUCUUGUAUAUGAUGACAAUGUGUGACAAUAUUCGCAUGAAGGGUGUGUGUUUGUGAGUGUGCAUGUGUGCAUGUGUCCCUGCAGACCCUGACUGAGGUGUUCCUGCUGGAGGCUCAGGGCUGUGGCCCUGUGUAUCCUUGAGGGAGGGGCAGCCUGAGUCUUGAGUUUAUGAUGUACCUUUGUCUGUAUUAACCAAGAAAUAGCCUUCCUGGUUACAAAGGAAGAGGGAUUAUCCUCUGUGAGGUUACUUCCUAAGAACAGACCUGUUGGUGUUAUGUUGGGUCUGAAGUAAAGGAUCUCCAUUACAACUCCCGGCCAGGAUGGUCCUGAGCGGCACCGUGCUGGCCGGGGCUGACUGAUUACUGUAGAUAUUAUCUGUAGUAGUGCUGCUCAUCAUGCUGUGAGGAUGCUGGUCACUGGGUGCAAUUGAAAAUAAGAUUUUGGAAAUUUGCAUGGGGAUAAAUUUUUAAAAAAUGUGCCUACAAUUUGUCCUUGAUAUAACUCAAGGUUGUUUUAUAAUCCGGUAUUGAGACCAGAACACAGAAUUUCAAAAAAAUUACAAAGCAUUUUAAUUUUAUGGGCUACUUUUAUAUCAUAUGAAAGUAAUUUAAAAUAUUAACAUAACUACUGAAGUUCUGCAAAAUUCUUUGGAGGGGUUGCAUCCUGGGCCUGGCUUGCGUGAGCUGAAGUGUGUAUAAAGGCAAGUUUUGUACGUUUUUACCAAAUGUAGUGAAGUGUUUUGGUGUGUCCACCUGCUGUGUUGCUCGGGGUUAACUGUGCUGGGUCACCAACUUGUAGAGGACUAAUACUCCAAGUCAUGAGCUACAGCAUGUCAUUGAGUAUCUCUAGACCUUUGUCUUAUCAUUGGUCCUGCAGUGAAUCAGAAGAGCUGCUCGACAUAAUGUUGCAGUUUUUGCUGCUGAUAGUUAGUGCAGUGGCCCUCACCUGCCUCAUCUGUUGACUGUAAGACUGUUGCCAUCAUUUGAUGAGGUGCAGAUGUCAGCUUAACAGGAAGCACAUCUUGUUAAGGCUGAGAGCAACUGUAAGAAAAUCAGCAAGAAGAAUGCCCUUGGCUGCACAUUGUGUGUGUGGGGUGAGGGUGUUGGCUUCCUUGGCGACAUGAGGUGUGAUGGUGGUAGCUGUUAAGGCAGUUGUCCAGCACCUAGAAUGGCGCUCAGUGGUGUCAUGUUGCAAUAUUACUGGAAGGCAAGAAUGUUCAUUGCCUUAUAACAAUGUCUCGCCGAGCAUUUGUCAACUGAACAUUGUCAUAACUGCCUACAUUUUGGUGUAUUCUUUUAAGCAUUAUGCCCAUCUUGGUCAUACGUGAUAAUAAAAUAAUUUUUAUA